GAAUCCUGUCAGUACUUCAAUAUAACCAACAUUAAGGUAGGCUUAAAAAAGUAUAUGAAUUGUUUAAACUUUGAGGGAUUCAGCAUGAACAUUGAUACUUGUCAGCCCGAGAAAAUGCUUUUUGUAAUAGGCAAUGAAGCACAUUUUAAUGACAAUUUUGAUUGGUUAAGGAAACUGUCGAAAGUAUGAUAGAAGGUGAAAUGGCUGUGGUUGAAUUUGAGAAGCCUUCUCGGUUAUGUAAUUUAACGGCGUGCUCUUCCGAUCCUUGUUUCAACAAUGGUCGAUGUCAAGUUGACGGAUCCGAUUUUAUUUGUCAUUGUCCUCGAGAGUGGACUGGAAAACAAUGUCUGAUUGAUGUUGACGAAUGCAAGUCAGGUUGGUUCCACUGAACUACCAAAUAUUUACGCAUAACUGGACUACUAUUUCAACCAUAACUUCGUGUCUUUUUAAUUUAUUCUAAUUUAUUCACUCACAUAUUCGUUUCUAUAGAUACCUGUAGUAACAAUGGUGUAUGCGUGAACAGAAAAGGAAGUUUCUCGUGUGAAUGUCGAAACUCAUCAACAAGUGGAAAACUCUGUCAGUUUAGAGAAAAAGUUUGCAACCCCAACCCAUGUGGUAAAGCAAAAUGUUAUCCGAAAGAGGUGAAACUGCGUUACGAAUGUCUUGCUGACGUUAAGGCUGUUGCCAUGGUGUUCACACUGGAUGAUGCGAGAUUACCGUUUAAGAAUUGGAUGUUGUAUGACGUGGCUAAGGAAAUUGAGAAUGCGAUCAAUGAUGCAGCGGUUGUACAAACAAGAGAAGGUAAAUAAUUAUAAAUGCAUUUCGUUUAUUUUUAGUUUACGAAUAAAAUCUUCACAUUGAGCAAAUAUGUUUCUAAAAAAAAUAUAGAAAUUGUUUUGUUUCUUAAGUGUGAUUUUUUACCAGGAAACAGUGUUUCCUGAUUUGCCCACCUUCGGGAAACAUAUGGCUAGGAAACAAUGUUUCCUGGUUUGCCCGUCUUUGAGAAACAUGGCUAGGAAACAAUGUUUCCGCAACACUAAUUCUUAGUUUCUCCGGGGCUUUAAUCUAUCGCUUCACUUUUAGGUGGACGAAGUCGACGAGAUACUAUAAUAGUUGAUUAUAGCGAGUGUUCAGUUCGUGUCAAGCAACACAAAUUAGUGCAGGACAAGCAACUUGAAUUGCAGAUAAUACUUGUUUGUGCCCAGCCCCCGGAACAGAAAUAUGUGUGCGAUGCCAUGUUCAAGCAAGGUAUGGUGACGUCAUGUACAGAUGAGAGUGGUACACGGGAAGCGAAACCAAAAACUGAUCCACCAACCAUUAACCCAGAGAGGUACGUAUUUUGAAUUACAAACUUGACCGCUGAUUGGCCAAAACCUGUGUCCAAAAUCUCAGAUCAUUCAUAAAACCCAUUUCCACUCAAGGAAAAUUUCCACGGACAGAAAUUUUCCAAAAAUAUCAUUGUUUAAAGUUGAAAAUUUUCAACUUCAAAAUUGUUUCUGACGGAAAAUUUGUGUCGGCCAAUCACAUUUAACAAAAUUUUCUUUGUGCGGAAAAUUUUCCUAAAUUGGAAAUGGGCCUAACUGGAAAGUUUGAGGUCUGUCCUGUAGCAUUGUUUAAACUGCAAAAUAUAUAUAUUUUUAGUGUAACUUUGGCGUUUAUUGUUCGCAAGCCAAAUGGGAAAGACACAGAGGCGUCUGAGACAAUCAAUGUGUUAAGGGAAAGAAAUAUUGAGGAGGAAUUAGGGAAACACAAAAUGUUUGAUAUCACUUUGAAAGGUAGCUAUUUAAAAUUUAGGAAAUAUACUACUAAAAGAAUGUUCUGCCUAAAAGUUUGAAAACAGAAGGCUGCAUUAACACACUGAGCUGAUAAUUUGAGAUGUCAUAUGUAAUAAACAUUUAUUAUGGGGUAUAUAAAAUACUCGAAAAGUAUGUUAAAAAAGAGGCACUAGCAGAGUGUUUUCAAAUACUUUGACGUGUUUUAUACGCUGGUAAUAGACAACUAUCGAGUUUGUUAUAUUACUUCUCAAAUGGACAUGUAUUUAAAGUGAGAAAUUGAAUGUACCGAGACCGACAACGACACAGUGCUCUUUUCGCUCAUGCAUUAUUAAAUUUGAGAAUUUUUUGUUAAACUGACUCACUUUGUUUCAUUUUAGCACGUUCCCUUAAAAAUGCCGAAUCAGGUAUGUUGCUGAUUUGUUUGUUUGUUUUGUUUGCUUAUUUGUUUAAUAUUUCAUCGCUGAAUCUCUCUGCAUCAAAUACUAACUGUCUUCUAUCUUGAUUUUCCUCAGGAGAAAGCGAUUCUGAUCUCUCGUCAGGUGCUAUCACUGGAGUGGUUAUUGGUUGCAUUGUUCUAAUUAUUCUCGCCAUCGUAAUUGUUUUCCUUGUCAUCCGUACUAGGUAUGUGAACUGUAUAUGUUACUGGAAUAUUAUUUUCAUAUCAAACCACCGAUCACAAUCAAUCACAUGUUCAACCAAUCAAUUUUACAAAGUUGUUCUGUAUCAAUCAAGACAACUUUAG